GGCUGCUAACAGAGGUGGCUGUUGGGAGAGAGACAGAGGGAGGCAACGCCGCCUGGUCCCGCCCUCGCAUUUUCCUGCUUAACUCAACCUGGAGUGUUGGCACCUGUUUCCUCCCUGCGUUCUCCUUGUACUAUACAGGGAAGUCAGUCACUCCGGACUCUCUGGACGUCCAGGCUGGGUGGAAUAAGGGGUCUGGGUGGAACAGGGAGCUCUGCCCUCUACGGUGACUUUCUAAAAGGUACCACUAAUGUUUUUUGACAGUGCAGCGCCCUAGGGUGGGCGGCGGAGAGGAGGCUUCGGUUACUAAACCGCUUAAUUCUUUUUGUUCUGGUGAUCGGAUUUGUUUCCCCGGCCUCCUCCCCUGCCCCAUCUCCCUCCCCUCCUUUAGCGAACUGACACAGGCAGCCCCUGCUCGCUUGUGUUCGAUGUUGGAACACGCACCUUCUCGGCGGUGACUGUGCCCAGCGUACUGGGGACAAGGGGACAGCGGCGGUUUCCCUUCCUCCCAGCCGACGAUGCCCAGAGGGGCAGCGGUUGAGCUGCGUGGGGCUCGGCCCGCAGCACUUCGAGGCGGGAUUGAGGGUCUGCAGCUGGUUAGGAGUUGCUGUUAAUUGGACUUGGCGCCAAGUCUCCGAGAGGGCAUCAGCUGGGACCUAUCUGCUAAAAGCGGGAACAGGGGCGCCUGACGGAGGAACUCCAGCGUCUCGCGGGCGGAAGACUGCCGAGCUCAGAGCCUCUCCUCCUUCCUGCCCCGAAGCUCCCCAGCAACUCGCGCACAACGGAGACCCGGGACCUACGAGAGGCAGGAAACUGGAGAAGUACGUGGCGGAGGCUGCUUUUCUGAAGGUGAACUGUUCCGUCCAAUUGCCUUUCCCCAGAGAGCAAAAAGGGAGGGAGGGGGAAAAGGAACCGAGUAUGCGUGAGUGUGUGUAUGUGUGAGAGGCAGAGACGACGUGUGGCAGGAGGAAAAGUCUUUACUCGGCGUUCAAAGCAAACAAAUCAGAGAUGGAGUAAGAGCGGUAACUGCUGCAAGACCGCCUUGAUUCUCGCAUUGUGAGGAGCUGAGCGCACCGCGCGCAUCCGGCGAGGACCGCUGGCGACCGUGGGCGCUGGCGAGGGCAGCGGGACUUCGGCGUUUCCCCAGUAAACAAAUCUUUUGAUUACUUUGACUUGUGAAAACGAGAGGAGGAAAGAAACGAGGCUCCCGCACGCCACCUUCCACCCACUUUAAGGGGAUUCCAGUUUGGAUGUCUAGAGAUUUCUGAACCCUCUUUGCUCUCGGAGGAGGAAACACACACGCGCGCACACACACGCACGCUUGGGGCCACACUCACACGCCCUCCACGAGCACACACCACCAGACUUCGGUUCCCUAUGCCCCAGAACGGUGACAGCGGAUUGGCAUCUUGGAAGCGAUGCAAGAGCGAUAAGGCUGGGGCGGGCCCGCGGAAGCUGCAGGAGCAUCGCUAGGUGUUGCCGCCACCAGGAAGCCGGGCUGCAGGAUGAGUAAGAGAUACUUACAGAAAGCAACAAAAGGAAAACUGCUAAUAAUAAUAUUUAUUGUAACCUUGUGGGGGAAAGUUGUGUCCAGUGCAAACCAUCAUAAAGCUCACCAUGUUAAAACGGGCACUUGCGAGGUGGUGGCACUCCACAGAUGUUGUAAUAAGAACAAGAUAGAAGAACGGUCACAAACAGUCAAGUGCUCCUGCUUCCCUGGGCAGGUGGCAGGUACCACACGAGCUGCUCCAUCUUGUGUGGAUGCUUCAAUAGUGGAACAGAAAUGGUGGUGCCAUAUGCAACCAUGUCUUGAGGGAGAAGAAUGUAAAGUUCUUCCAGAUCGGAAAGGAUGGAGCUGUUCCUCCGGGAAUAAAGUGAAAACAACUAGGGUAACCCAUUAACAAAGGAUAAAUCAAGGGAUCCUCAAGGCUGAUUACAUUGAACAUCAGCAUAGAAACAUAACUCAUGAGGUGAUCUUGAAGGAAAAUUUUUAUACAGCUCACAAGAGGCACUCUGGAGUCUGCUAUUUCCAGGGGAUUUCAUGGCUUGUAAUCAGCUUCUUCUUGGAAUCAAGACUUUUUAAAAGUCCGACAUGAACUUCUAUAUCAUGAAGAUUUCAUCAGAUCUGAACUGCGUUCAACUUGUAUAAUUGCACUUGCAAAAAGGAUUUGAAGUUACUGUCUGAAGAGUUGGCGUUGCCGGAUGGUGUCAGAGACACUUACCUUUUGGGCUCUUGGCUCCAAAUGUGACUGCUUUUCUUGUUUCUGAGUCUCCCAAGUGCACUGGCCUUCUGUCAUGGACCUGUUCCUGAGUCCUGUGUUCAGUGGCUAGGACUGCACAUGGCUUCAGUGACUUUUCCUUUGCGAACUUCUCCUCUGGCAUGGUGUAGACUGAGACAAUUUAUUUGUAUCCUAAUCUUGAAGCUCUGAAAGCCUACAUGUUUUAACAUCUUAAAGUUGCUUUUGUUAAAGGAAUGGAAAUAUAUAUCCAUUGAUAAUAAUUAUUGUUGGCAAGUAAAGUUAUCUGAAUACAUCAAUCAUAUAAGAAUGUAUAGACAAGCUGACAUGUUUCCCCAAGGCUCACACACUGCUGCAGCUCUCUGUCAGUAAAAUAGGUAGUAGUUAGAACUGAAUUACCAUUUUCAUUAUAUACACCUGUUUGGUACCUCUAGAGUACUCUCCCUUUCAGUUUUUUUGUGUUUUUUUUUUAAAGUGGGCUUUUUCUUUCAUUUUUAUCUUUACUUUUUCCCUUCACAGAAAUUAGCAGUGAGCAGUCAAGUAUUUAGGUAACCUUCAGUUUCAAAAAAUUGCCAAGGAUGCACGUGGGUUUUGAUUUCUUAGCUUGAAAGUUAUUCACUUAGAUUUCUUCUAGUAUUUUUUUAAACUGUCCUUUCUAUCUCAUUCUAAAAAGGCUGUCUCUUGCUCUAUCCCAAUGACUGUUUGAAUGCCUAUCUAUUUGUUUAUUCAGUCUGUUGGUAGAAUAAAUUGUUCUUUUCCUUGGUCUAAAUUUUAUAAAUAUUUGCUUACAGUUGUCCCGUUCAAACAAUUUCUUUAGUCAGUCUUUGUCCACGUUUUCGUAGUACUUUUAACAUUUGUGGUUUUCAGUUCUACAGGAAAAUCUUAUAAAUAUUUCAAGGCCUUAAACAUGUAUGUACUUGUUUUUCUAAGUUACUCGCAGAAUGUAUAAUUUUAUACUACAUCUGCUUUGUUUCAUUUGUGAUGCGGAGGGAGAGAAGAAUGGAAAUUGCAUAGCCAUUCUGGAUAUUGUAUAAAGGUAUAGUUUGAAAGAAUGUAAAGGGGGAGGAGCUUCUAUGUUUUACUCAUCUUAGACUAAUAGGAAGAUACUUCAGAAAUUGUCCUAUUAGAAGUUCCAUUAUGUUAGAGAAGGUGUGGACAUCUUUUGUUUUUUAAAACUCACUGACAUGGCCAAUUAGGUAUAUGUUGAUUUCCAUGAUGGAGGCUGACAUACAGACCAAAGCUCUCCAGGCUAAAUUGGUAACAACUUUCAAAGACCAAGACAUUACCCAGAAUAUUUUCUCGGCAGAAUGACUAAAAGUGUAAAAUUUGUUAAACAUUAAAUUUGUAAAGUAUGCUUUUAAUAUUGAACUAAAGUAAACUAUACUGCCCCGUAAGUCCAUGGAAUGGAAUGACUUUCUCCUUGCAUUUUAAUUAUGCAUAUACAACUAGAUGGCUCUGAGUGAAUUUUGCAAUGGUUCAAGACUGUCUCAACUCAUAAAGAAAGGAGUAACAGUUGUGCUGGAGUUUCUGCAUCAGUAAUAAUAUCAUUAAUUUCUUUGGAACAAAGUGGAAAACUAUAUUAUUUUGGAAAUUAUGAAUUUGUCCUAGGUUUGAAAUUAUAGAUCAUGCCUCUCAUUUUUUAAACUAUGUCCCUUAAAACAACACUGGAAAUUCUGUAUUAUAUUCAAGUGUAAUACAUGCAUAUCAAUAGAAAAAAAUAAAUGGAAUUUCAAAUAUAUUAACUAGAUUAUCCCCAGUAGAUUAAUGUUGUGACUCUUCAGAAAAGGCGAAUAAAAUUGGAAUAUAAAAUGGACUCUUUUUCAU